GGUCCCGCCGCUGCCACGGCAACUGCAACGCCCGGCGGCGGCUGCUCCUCGUCCCCGGCCGGGAGCAGCGGCGCCGGUGUGUCCCAGGGGAGCAGGGAAUGCUGGUGAGGACGUUCCCCACCGCCCCGCGUGGAGUUCGGGUUCGUGGUAUUACUCUAACACAUCAUCAAAAUGAGUGAAAAAGAAGCUCGAGAUGUGGGUGAUUCAACAGAAAAUGCAGAAUAUGAGGAUGAUUUUGAAAAAGACACAGAAUGCCUAACUGAUGAAGAAGAAAAACAAAACCUUGGUGAAAAAGAGAAUCCUGAAGAAAAGGAAGAGGAUGCUGAAGCAAUAAUUCUUAAAACGUCAGACAACUUUCAGGAAGACGAUGAAGAAAUGAAAGAAAAUCUAGAUCAGCUUUCAGAGGCAGAUGUAAAUGUGAAAGUAUUAUACUCUAAUGAAAAAUAUUUGCAAUCUGAAGCAGACAGUGAACAGGAUGACCAUGAAUCUGAUGCUGAGAGAGAAAGCUCUAUCCAUGAACCCAAGCUGGAAAAUGAGCAGAACCUGGAUGAGGAAGAGGAUGAAGAAAUAAAGCGUUAUGUCUUGGAAAAGAUUGAAGAAGCCAACAAAGAGCUGGAAAACCAGUCUCCUGUGGAUGAAAACAGAGAACGAAAAUUAAAAUUUGUGGAUGAGGUGGAUCUUCGUCCAGAACAUGCUGACCCUGCAAGAGGAGACAUUGCAGAUGGGCUGUCUCAGCUGAAUAUUUCUGACAAGGGACAGAAAAGCACAUCACUUUCAGAACGUGCUGGCGCAGAUAUUGAAACUCAACAGACUUCAGAACACUCCAGUUCUUUGCCCAAUGCCUCUCAAGCAAAAGAAAUGCCUCCAUCUGACUCUAAGCAGCAGCCAGAUUCUGCUUUGAAUGGUGCGAAAGAUCUGGGAAAACAGAAGACUGAGUCUGCAAACAUACCCGUGAAAAGCUCCACUUACAGUCUUACUCCCAGACAAAAAGAAUUAAGGAGGCAGAUAGAACUAAGGAAAGAAAGACUGAAGAGAGAGGAAGAAGAAAAGAACAGGGAACUAGAAGAAAUGAGGAAAAGACAGAAUGAAAUAGUUUUUAAAGCUUGGUUACAAAAGAAGAAAGAACAGGUACAACAAGAAAAGCGAAUUCGUCGUGCAAAGAAGCUGGAAGAGCUGAGCAUCAAAGAGGUGCACAGGGAUCCAGAAGAAGCCUACAGGUUAUGGCUUAAAAAAAAGCACCAACAGUAUGUGAGAGAAAGACGGAUAGAAGUCUUGAGACGCCAAACUGAGGAAGUGGCCUUUUUUUCAAGCCCAGAGGAUUGCGACAGAGCUUUUAGAGACUGGCUGAGAAGGAAGAGAGAAGAGAAACAAGCAGCAGAACUAGCUGCUAAAGAGAGAGCCAGGCAGCUUAGAUUAGAAGCCAGAAGAGCAAGACAAAUGCGGAACAUCCACUAUAUUUAAUUCAGAGCCCAAAUCCUUUUGUUUCUCAGAUCAUUACAGUUGAAAAUUUGAUGUA